CUCAUCAAGAUGGCGCCACUGUAGAGUAAAGUUAAGUAUAAAAAUGAUAGCCCUCAUUACCGACACAGUGUUCGAUUUAAUAAAUAGAAAUUAUACCUGACAGUUCCUACCCGCCAAUUAAAAAUUAUAUAUUAUCUGUGGCUGUCCCUUAGAGCAAUUAUUACACUGACUGUACGGCUAAGCUUAUGGUAGCAAUAAAUCAAAAUAUCUAUUGGGUCAUAAACCUAUCUUUAAUUUUCUUUGCAUUAAAAAAAAGUAUUUUAAACGUCACCACAUACGUCACUGUCACUAACUGAACUGUCAAUCAACUGUCACAGUCCGAGCGAGCAUAACCUCAAAAAGUAGAAACAGUAAUUACGUUCAGAACAAAAUAUUUGUUUAUUUUACCGCCAACGCGUACGGUCAAGUCAUUCGAAGCCCGCAAUCACUAAAAGAUUCCUGCGCAACGUGAGGACAUCCCGCUCGUCGGCGCUUUCGGAGCCAUCGGAUGACCCGCUACUACUACUUGGAGGUGGAGCUGUAAGCAUCAUCAUCAAGCAUCAUCUGCAGAGAAUGGAAAACCGUUCAGUGUUAUCGUCCGGUCCGGACGGCAAGGAUAUGGUGAUUGUGGCUUCGCGGGAGGAGUUGGCCAUACCCAGUAAGGUCACACUGCCCGAACCGGAGCCAGCCCCGGGCCUCAUCCUGCCCGAUGGAUCCAUCAACUGGGGCUGCCCCUGCCUCGGAGGCAUGGCCACAGGACCUUGUGGCACACAAUUCAGGGAUGCUUUUUCAUGCUUCCACUACAGUGACGCAGAGCCAAAAGGUAGCGAUUGCUACGAGAAGUUCAGCGUGAUGCAGGAGUGCAUGGCGCACUACCCGGAGCUGUAUGGCAAGGAUGACGACGAGCUGGCGGCCGCGCUCGACGAAGCCGCCGGCGACGCGCCCGCCGCCGACAAGCCUACCGCCGACAAGCUCGCCGCCGACAAGCCCGCCGACAGGACCGUCGACACGCCCGCCGACAAGUGACACCCGACUGCUCUGCAAUGUAGCUUCAAUGGAAGUAUGGUAAAGAGAGCUCGGUGCCAAAUAUUCCUUUCAAACUUAAAAUUUUAUUGAAAUAUGCAACGCAAUAGAUUGUCUUAGCCUAACCACAGGCCUAACUGGUAGUACUGGUACAGUCAGCAUCAAAUAGCUUGUAACACCUAAAGUGGUAAAAAAGUUGUCAACACAACCUUAUUCCAAUUUUAUUGUAACAAAGACGUGUUGCGACGUUGCCGCGCUGACUGUAGUAUAACAUAAGCAAUAAUAUUAUUAUGUAUUGCUUUUUGGCUGUUUGCAAUCAACAAUUUGCGACUGGUUAUAUUCUAAACACAAUGUAAUAGGACAGGACACAACUCAAUACUAUAGUAUUUGUUUUACUUAGAACCUAAAGUAAGUACUUAUUUUAUUAUAAACUUUUAUAACUUGUAAAUUGCAAUGUCCACAGUGUGCAAAGAAGCAAUAUAAUUAUGUACCUACUGUCCAAAAUAUCCAAUUAUUUAUCCAAAAAAUAUGAUGAUGAUUGCUAUUUGAGCUCAUAUUUUGUUUAAAAUUGUUACAUACUUAAGUUUGGUCAACAUUUUUAAUUGUAUUUUAUGUUUCAUGAACACCAUUAUGUCACCUGGCAAAAUAUUUAUUAUAACGGGCUCAUAUCUUUCGGAUAGUAGUAGUUUUGUUAUUAAUUUAAUUUAUAGAAUUAGCUUUUGAGUUCAGCAGCGAGCCUGCAGACUGUUUGCAUUUACGUCGCUGUUUAAAAGACAUGUAGUGGACCUUAUUGUAGAUGAUUGAAGGUGAUCAUAAGCUUUAGUUAAUAAAGUUUAUAUGCUAAUGCCUUUUUUAUUAAUUUUAUAAUUGUUUACUAGCUGACCUAAUAAAAAGUUGUCCUAACUUAUCUUU